AUGUCGGAGGCUUUGCCUCACCCACCGAUCCCCCCAGAUCCAAAUUCUUCUCUUUCAGUUGAGGUGGAGAUGAAAGAUUCUCCAGGUUCUGCCCCUUCUUCAAGCGGUGUGAUUCCACCGACUUCCGCAAAUCCAAAUCCUUUGGGUUGUGGCUCUGGUUUUAAUUGGGGUAAGAAUCUUAGCUCCGCAAAUAGAAUUCCUGAAUCCUCAGUACUGGUUUCAAUCUCGGAUUCAGGCAGACCUCGAGUUAAAGUGUCAAAUGAAGUCUUUGAGAGAGGUGCUAAACUUCAUAGUGACUACAUCGUUGGAAUCUUCUACGGGAAGCCUCCUUCUUAUGGCAAAAUCUGGGGUGUUCUCAAUUACCUUUGGGGAAAGGAUAAACGAGUGGCGAUUCACAACCUGACUAAAAAUGCUUUUCUGUUUCACAUCCCCUCGCCUUCUCUUCGGAAGAAGAUCUUGCAACACGAGCUCUGA